AAGAUGCCAGCUUUUACUCCAAGGAAAAGGAAGCAGAACUCUUUGAACUGUGACAACCUAUUAUCAGACAUUCCAUCAAAGAAAUUAAUUUUGGACUUGACUGAAAAUAUAUGUUCAUCACCUAAUAAACACAUUUGCCAAAGCAGUGAUGAAAAUAAAGAAAAGGUGCAUGGCCCUCAACAAGGCCAUUUCAUUUCAAGUCGGCUUAGAACAACUAAAGAUAGAUUUCUAUCUGCAAAUCAAGGUUCACCUUUUAAAUCUUGUGUGUCUACGGUAUCCUUUUACAACAAAAACAAGUGUUACCUCAAUCCAUUGGAGAGAAAAAUGAUAAAAGAGAGUAGAUCCACUUGUCUAAAAACUAAUAAUGAAGAUAAGUCUUUUCCCAGUGUGACAGAAAAAAUGCAGGAAAAACCAGUCCGCUCCAAGAAGAUGAAGAAAAAACCACAGAAGAAUUUAACUGCUAAGUGCCAACCAAGUUAUAAGUGCAUCAAGCCUGUAUCAAAGAAUUCUAAAAAUUCCAAGCAAAAUCGAGUGGCCUACAAACCAAUUAUAGAGAAAGAGAACAAUUGUUAUUCAGCUGAAAAUAAUCUGAAUGCUCCUCGAGUUCUAAGCCAAAAAGUCAAACCACAAGUAACAAUCCAGGGUGGAGCGGCAUUUUUUGUUAGGAAAAAAUCAUCUCUUAGAAAACCAUCCCUGGAAAAUAAGCCAUUACUGGGACUCACCCAAGAGAAUAAAUCGGAAGUGAUUAAAGAUUUUGAUGUAGAGACUGUCAAUGAAAGAGAAAGUUUUAAGACAAGGCAAGUGCCAAAAUGCUUAUUACAAGAAAAGGAACUGAACAUUGAGCUGCUGGGUACAAGAAGUAACAAUGAAGAUAAAUUAAAAAAGGAUUUAUCAAGUGGAGUAGUUUCUUCAAGGGAACAUAAGCUUGAUGAAAAUAAGUAUGUUCCUUCAGAAGAUUCUCACAGUGAGAAUAAGGCAGUUUCUCCCGAGUCCAUUGUCUAUUCCAUCUUCAGUGCGUCUUCAGUCAAUACAAAAAGAUCACUAGUUGGAGAACAGUCUUCUGUGGGAUCCAUCACACCUGCUAACUUCUUGAAACAAAUCAAUACUCAGAAGAGUAUUAAUACCAGAGAUACCAAUAAAGAAACAAAAGACCAGCUCAUUAUUGACGCAGGUCAGAAACAUUUUGGAGCGACCAUGUGCAAGUCCUGUGGCAUGAUCUAUACUGCUUCCAACCCUGAAGAUGAGCUGCAGCAUGUUCAGCAUCACCACAGGUUUCUGGAGGGAAUCAAAUACCCAGGCUGGAAAAAAGAACGUGUUGUAGCAGAAUUUUGGGAUGGGAAAAUUGUGUUGGUCCUGCCACAUGAUCCAAGUUACGCUAUCAAAAAGGUAGAAGAUGUGCAAGAACUUGUCGAUAGUGAAUUGGGCUUCCAACAAGUUGUUCCCAGAUGUCCAGACAAAACCAAAACUUUUCUCUUUAUAUCUGAUGAAAAGAAAGUAGUAGGGUGUUUAAUUGCAGAACCCAUCAAACAGGCCUUCCGUGUCCUGUCUGAACCAACUGGUGCAGAAUCCCCAAGUUCUAAAGAAUGUCACAGGGCUUGGCAAUGUUCAAAUGUACCAGUACCUGCAGUCUGUGGGAUAAGUAGAAUCUGGGUCUUCAGAUUGAAGAGAAGAAAGCGAAUUGCAAGACGACUGGUAGAUACUCUCAGGAAUCGUUUCAUGUUUGGCUGUUUUCUCAGUAUUGAUGAAAUAGCAUUUUCUGACCCAACGCCAGAUGGCAAGUUAUUUGCAACCAAGUACUGCAACACCCCUAAUUUCCUUGUAUACAAUUUUAAUAGUUAAAGCCAAUUUCAACUAAAGAACAGUUACUUUAUGGAUGAGUUAAGAUAGCUUAUCAUAUAAUAACUAUAUAGAAACUGUCAAAAUAAAGAUACUGAGAUGCACACACACACACAAACCUGUUUUGUUCCUUAUGAAUUGAAAAGUCAGGGAUAGAUUUGUUGGAAAUCAUCUGGAGUUUCAAAGAAAGGAUAAUAUCUUUAGAUGAUGUAUACUGACUAGAACUCUGAGUCCUUAAUUAUGAAACUUUGUAGAUAUAACUGGAAAAGUAUUUUCCUCUUACAUAGGAACCCUGACAAAGCAAGGCCACAGAAAUGUGACCACUUACCUUUAAUAAAGCACUUUUGAACCAGGAUGAUCUAAAUCAGAAGCAAACAGGGAAAUUUAAAGACAAAUAAUUUCCAUGCCCAAUUUUUAAAGGUAAUUCCUGAAUUCUGUACACAGAAUUCUCACCUUAUAGGUAGCAGCUCAGUUGAAUAUAUUUAGAAAGUGUUUUAAAUUUCUAGUUUGUAAUAGGGUAAUAUGGUAAAGAA